GCGAGCUCCGCGCAUGAGAAAAUUUUUCCUAGGCGCUGCCAAUUUGAGCGUGGUGCCUCGUGCACAAGGAGAAAAUUUCCGCUGCAGCCAACGUAAUACGGAGCUGUUGCAUGUGGCCCCCGCAUAACGUGGCUCACUAUCGGGAUAAGAAAAUCCUUUAGCUGAUUAAGUUCUCAUGGCGCUGCAUACUUCUGCGGUAGGAAAGCUCGAGAAAAUUUUUACACGCAUCGGCAAUCAAGCAUGCUGUGACGUAGAAAAAACUUGCACAAACAAAAACCACAUCCUUAUCCCAUAUCCAACCAAAUUUCCGCUUUAACUCAACCACUUCCCGCACAUAUACCCCCAUAACCUCCGAAGACACAGACCAUCAUCUUCGAAGACAUAUACCCCAUAAUCUUCAAGACACGUACAUUGAAUCCCACGCCAUGUCCUAUCUCACCGCCGAACGCCGCCCCUCCAUGGUGGAGAGAAGGGCGUCGAUGGACCCGCAGAGCCGCCCGCUGUUCAUUCCGCACCUCGCAGGGUUGGAGAAGCCAUUCGCUGACACCAUCCCCACCGAAACAGACGUGCUUGUAAUCGGAACUGGCCUUACGGAGUCGAUUCUUGCGGCAUCACUCGCGUGGUCCGGCUCCGAGGUGCUCCACAUUGAUGCUAACAGCUACUACGGCGACACGACUGCGGCGUUGACGAUUGACCAGAUCAAGCAGUGGGUGCAGCAUGUAAACAGCGGCGCCUCGGCGAGCCACCAGAACUACCGCGGCGCGCUCUUGUAUAUUCCGCGGCCCAGCGUGUUGCAGCUGCGUGAGUACCUGAUCGACUUGACACCAAAGUUUCUUUUCGCAAAAUCGGACCUUUUGGAUUUGCUCGUCAAGUCGCGCGUAUUCCAGUACCUCGAGUUCCAGUCGCUCUCCUCGUUCCACGUGUUCGAGAACGACUGCUUCGAGAAGAUGAACAACUCCAAGGAGUCCAUCUUCACCGACCAGUCGCUCACGCUCGCCACCAAGCGCCACUUGAUGAAGUUUUUGAAGUUUGUGUUGGAAUACCCGGAGACGCCUGAACUCUGGCACGACUAUGCCGACAAGCCGCUCACCCAGUUCAUCUCCGAACGUUACAAGCUCGACGGACCCCAGAUCAAUGAGAUCGUCUUUUCUAUCGCACUUUCCACCUCCACCGCCAUCUCCACCGCUGAAGGUUUGCAGCGCAUCAGACGGUCGUUGACGUCAUAUGACAUCUACGGCAAGUUCCCCGUUUUGGUCUCCAAAUACGGGGGACCCGGUGAGGUCUCCCAAGGCUUCUGUCGCUCCGCCGCCGUUGCGGGUGCCACCUACAAGCUCGGCAACAGCAUGAUCGCGUACGACGCGGAAAAGAAGCUCGCCACCUUUAACGACGGCUCUCGAGUGGUUGUUAAGGAGAAGAUUGUCUGUUCCCAGUCGCAGGUGCCGCAGAACUUGCUCCGCUUCCAGGACCAGAAGACGGAGAAGGUGGAGAUUACGCGGUUAAUCGCCAUUGUCGAGAAGGACUGCGCCGCGUGGUUCGCCGAGAACGAGCACUCUGCGUUCGUCGUGUUCCCGCCAGACUCUCUCCAGACGGCAGUCUCCAAGAGCGCGCCUACGCCCGCUACAAACAAGACCGCGGUUCAGAUCAUCAUCCAGGGCGCCGGUGCCGGCGUGGUGCCGGCUGGCCAGUGUCUCUGGUCGUUGACCACCACCACGCCCGGCGACGCCGGCAGACGCGAGUUGGAGGCCGCGUUAAUGCAGAUGGAAAAAUCUUUAUUGCGUGAGUCAGACGAGGAGUACGAGUUGGCCGUUACCCCGAAUGAUGUCAUCUACAACGCCCAAGGUACCCCCAUUAUCAACUCCUUGCGCGUCGGUGAUGCGUUCAAGGGCUUUGCGCCGCGUGAGAAGUUGACUUACUUGUUCAAGUUGAUGUUCAGCCAACUCACUGCUGCCUCCGGCGUUACCUCCGACGUGUUGUUUACCGAGAUGCCGUCGGCUGAGAUCUCUUACGAUGGCUUUGUUGCCGAGGCGCGAGCCUUAUACGAGCGUAUCACCGGCUCUUCUGAUGACUUCUUUGAUGUGGACUUCGAGGACGAGGACGAGGAGAUGGCUGCCGUCGAAGAGGACGAGAGCAUGGAUGUGGACGAGGCCGAUGGUAAACGCAGCCGUCGUGGCUCUUCCGCUCGGAGCAGUCGCAAUGGCAGUGUCAUUGUCCCAGUUAAUAUGAGCAUGAGCAGCGCCAAGGAUAGAGACGAUGAGGCUAUGCGCACCCAAGACGACGAGUUCGCUGCCGGCAUGGACUUGUAGGGUUGGAUCUUUACGCUCUUGUUUUGACAUGUGUCAUUUUGUAUAUUGGUUGGCGUGUCUGAUCGUCGCCCUCUGAACUUUAAUUUUUGAUUCGUCAUUUGGUUUGCUUUUCUUCGCUCUUGUAUUAUAUUAUCUCCCUGGUGGAAUCUAGUGAUAUCUCUAUCGUAUGUUUAGUGUUUACGCAUUGUCUUGGAGCUUCCUAGUCUGUUUCGCUCUACACGAAUGGGCUAAUGGUGCGGCCGGUCUUCGUUAUAAAUACCAGUUGUAACUACAGUCGAAGAAUAUAACUUGGCAGCUCUUUAAUUAAUUCUGAGAGCGGGAGCUGAUUUUAAAACCAAAAUAUGUAUCCUUAUACCUAUAUAUUUGUAUCUAUUGAUUAAUAUGGAG